GAGUCAAAUGCUGUAUAAAAGGCUCCGUCGUAAAAAAAAAAUGGCAUGUCCAGGAAGUGACGUAACUUUCGCGCAUGCGUGAACCGAUCGUGUCUUUCCAUACGGAUGGAGUAGUGACGUCGACAAAACAGGACAAUAAGAAAGCAAGAUGGCGUUCGACAGAGAAGACGUUAUUGUGUUUACAAUAUUUCUGUGUUUUUAAUCAGCGCGUACAUGUACAAAUAUAUGUUGUUUAUUGGAGUAAACAAUGUUAAUAUUUGAAAGUGUCUGGAUACAUUCGUCUCAGCGCACUUUGCUGCUUCUCGUGCUAGCUUAGCUUGGUAGUUAGCUUAGCUAGUUAGCUUAGCUUGCUAGUUAGCUUAGCUUGUUAGCUACUAACAAGUCACAAGUGCGAGUGUAAAGUGUUGUGAUUGUGUGAAAAUGUGUGCGAAAACGGUAGCAGAGUACGAGGAGGAAUUUUGUCCAACAAGAGAGGAUAACGAGCGACAACAUCAACUACUUUUCAAGAAACGUCAAGUUGUGUCACUCAGAACAGACGUCCAGCAGCACCCCCAUAUUAAAGAGGAAGAUUCACAUCCCCCUCAUGUAAAAGAGGAAGAGGAGGAGCCACAGCCCGCCCACAUCAAAGAGGAAGAGGAUGAGGUCUGGAUCACUCAGGAGGAAGAGUGUCUUCUAGGACAGGAGGAGGCUGACCUGACCAGGUUUCCACUGACUGUGGUCUCUGUGAAGACCGAAGACCAUGGCCACAAACCACCUGAGUCCUCCCAGCUUGGUCCCAGUCCAAAUGUUAGCGAAGAACAACUUUUCCCUGAACAGCAAGAGCGCUUUCCCAUGGUGGAGCAGGAACAGCCCUCUCAAACUAAAAAGGAAGAGGAGGAGCCACAGCCCCUUCAGACGGGAGAGGAAAACGAUGUGCCACAGCCCCCUGCGUUAAAGGGAAAGACUCGCCACAGCCCCCACACGUUAAAAAAGAACAUCAACCACAGCCCCCUCAUAUCAAAUAGGAAGAGGAGGAGCCACAAAGGUGGACGUGAGGAGGAGGGAGAGGCGGAGCCUCCUACUCCACACAUGACAACAGAAGCUGAUGGAGACCACAAACUCUUAGCUCCACUAUCAGAUAGUGACGACAUAACGUCACACUCUCCUGACACUGAUGAUGAAGAAGAUGAUGACACUGAUGAUGAUGAUGAUGAAGAAGAUGACACUGAUGAUGAUGAUGAAGAAGAUAAUGAAUACUCUAAAGCUGACAACACGCACUUGAAAUGUUGUCACUGUGACAAAACCUUUAAAUACCCCAGUGAUCUGAAAAGACACAUGAGAACACACACUGGAGAAAAACCAGUCACAUGCUCCGUUUGCAGUAAAAGAUUCUCCCAGAAGACAAGUUUGAUUUUACACAUGAGAUUACACACUGGGGAAAAACCCUUUUCCUGUUCAACCUGCAAUAAAGGGUUUACUCAAAAAAGGGACCUGCAAGUACACAUGACGACACACACCGGAGAGAGGCCUUUCAUGUGCUCAGUGUGUAGUAAAAGUUUCUCCACAAAGGACAGUUUGAUAAAGCACACGAGAACGCACACAGGCGAAAAACGUUUCUUAUGUUCCAUCUGCGGUAAAGGUUUCACUCAAAAUCGCGAUCUAAAGUCACACAUGAGAACACACACCGGGGAGAAACCAUUCAUGUGCUCAGUUUGCAGUAAGCGAUUCUCUGCGAAGGAAAGUUUGGUAAAACACACAAGGACGCACACCGGCGAAAAACCCUUUACCUGUUCAAGGUGCAACAAAAGCUUCUGUGACCGAAGCACCUUUGUAGUGCACAUGAGAUCACACACGGGGGACCAACCGUUCACGUGCUCAGUUUGUAACAAAAGAUUCUCCCAGAGAGCAAAUUUGAUCAAACACAAAAGAAUGCACGCCGGGGAAAAACCUUUUCUAUGUUCGGUCUGCGGCAAAGAUUUUGUCCAAAGUCAACAUUUGACAAGACACAUGAAAGUGCACACUGGGGACCAACCAUUCAUGUGCUCAGUUUGUAGUAAAAGCUUUUCCGCCAAGGAAAGUUUAAAAGUACACAUGAGAAAACACACUGGAGAAAAACCUUUUACCUGUUCAGAUUGCAACAAAAGCUUUUUUCACCGAACAACCUUUGUAGUACAUAUGAGAGCACACACGGGAGAAAAACCUUUCAUGUGCUCAGUUUGCAGUAAAGGAUUCACCCAUAAAUCAAAUUUGAUAAAUCACACAAGAAUGCACACUGGGGAAAAACCUUUUAAAUGUUCGGUCUGUAGUAAAGGUUUUGUCCAGAGUCAACAUUUGAAAAGACACAUGAAAGUACACACAAGAGAGAAAGUGUUGAGUUGCAGUGUGUGUGAUGAAAGAUUCUCUUAUAAGUACCAGUGUAAGAAACACACGUGUGCUGGUGAGAACAGCAGCAGCAAAUGAAGCUGAAGAAUUUAAAUAAACUGUCAAAACUUUAACUUUGAAUUAUUAACAAUCACCAGAUAUAACGUGUGACAUCACUGUUGUGUACGUGUAACACAAUCUUGUGUCUAACAUUUAUAGAUGUUAUAGGUUUUAUUUCAGUCAAGUACAUGCAUUGAUAUACAACAUUGUGUACAUGUGUUAAUAAACUUUGUAAAG